GACGGCAGGUGUUCGGCUAACGACGACAAGGACUGCCCCCUGGAGGCCGCCGCCACCACCUCGUACGACGCGGAGGGCAGCGACCGCCGGAUCAACAACCACGUCCACGGCAAGCCCGUGGUGCCGGACGAGGACCCCGCCGACCUGGGCUUCCUCUACGCCCGCUCCCUGUCGCUGUCCGUCGACGACGACCUGACCGCGACCAACCCGACGGCCAUGGUGCGCGGCCGGGCGCUCCGGAACCGGGUGUUUGGCCAGACGUGGUGCUCGGCGACCUCGUGCCCCGUGUCAGCGGCGCUCACGCUCUCCAACACCUCGACGAGGCACCAGACCAGGAAAGUCGGCCAGGGUGAGGCGCUCGUGGCGUGCAUGGACUGCAGCUUCAGCGCCACCUCCGUCUCCAUCGUAGACGGCGAGGCCGUAUGCGCCGCAGCCUCCUCCACCAACGUGGCGCGGGUUGUCUGCGUCGCCGUCUGCCAGUGGGAGGGCCUGGACUGCACGUGCUCGUCGGGCUGCUCGAGCAACGAGCUGGGCUCCGAGUCGAUCCACACGUACAGCUACCAGGUGACGGCGGCCUCUGGCGUGCGCGAGCUGCUCGGCUACCUGCACCGCCUCGCGUCGCGCGUGCACAACACGGCCGAGCACCUCAACAUCGCCGGCCAGCUCGACAUGCCGGGCAAGUCGCGCCAGGUGCGCGCCAACGUGGAGAGGCGCUUCGGCCGCGACCGCGCCAAGGCCGUGCCGCUUCUGUUCUACGGCCCGGGCAACAUGAGUCGGCGAUGAGCCGCCCCACAACAGCCUCCUCGACGGGGACCCGACCCGAGAAUGUGGUCCGGGAGACGUCAAACGAGACGUCUCAAGUGCACCUCCACGUCGAGGAGCCUUUAUUGUCACCAGGGAUGUCCGUCCCGGCGUCCCGGCGUCGUAGGAGGUGGCGACCAUCAGCAUCAAUCGCCCUGAACAUCUGCUGCUCCAACUUAUUCUUUUUCAAACCAGUACUUUAUUUACACUAUAUUAUUUUAUUUACAAGU